ACCAGUAAUUUUGAAUUUGUCAAAGGUUAAAAAAAAAACCAAAAAAAAGAGAGAGCCGAUAAAGAAGAGUCCCAAAUCACACUCCAGGUGAUGCGCACAUCAGUUUUCGUGCGCACACGCGGCGGUGCACGUUAGCUCCAACCAAUCGAAAUCGUUUUCUCCCCGUUCUCCUCCGGCGACUCUUCUUCGUUUCGAGCAUCCAUCCCAGUCAUCAUGGCCACGUGGAACGCUUCCUCCCCAACGGCGUCUCCUUGCUCAUCAUCGAGGCGACGAACGAAAGCUCCAGCGAGACGCCCUUCUUCCGAAUCUCCACCACCGAGGAAGAUGAAAUCAAUGGCUGAGAUAAUGGCGAAAUCUGUCCGUGUGGUUGUACAAGAAGAAGAAGAAGAAGAAGAUGAACAAGAAGUCGAAGAUAGCUACAACGAUGUUGCCUGUGAGAAAUGUGGUUCUGGGGAAGGAGACGAUGAGCUUCUUCUCUGCGACAAAUGCGAUAAAGGGUUCCACAUGAAAUGCCUUAGACCGAUCGUUGUUCGUGUCCCCAUUGGACCUUGGCUUUGUGUCGAUUGUUCCGACCAACGACCUGUAAGAAGGUUAUCUCAGAAGAAGAUCUUGCACUUCUUUCGGAUUGAGAAGCUAACUGAUCGAACAGACAAAUCAGAAUCGAGUCAAGAAGAGACUAGAAAGCCUCGGAGACGAUCUUGCUCUUUGACAGUGAAGAAGAGAAGGAGAAAACUGUUACCUUUGGUUCCAUCAGAAGAUCCUGAACGGAGGCUUACUCAAAUGGGCACACUUGCUACUGCAUUAACCGCAUUAGGUAUCAAAUACAUAGACGGCUUAAAUUAUGUUCCCGGUAUGGCUCCUCGGUCUGCUAAUCAAUCCAAGUUCGAGAAAGGUGGGAUGCAGGUGCUGUCAAAAGAAGAUUUAGAGACAUUGGAACAAUGUCAAGCUAUGUGCAGAAGAGGAGAAUGCCCUCCUCUUGUUGUGGUAUUUGAUCCGCUUGAAGGUUACACAGUUGAAGCAGAUGGUCCUAUUAAGGACUUAACAUUCAUAGCUGAAUAUACAGGAGAUGUUGAUUACUUGCAAAACCGAGAAAAAGACGAUUGUGACAGCAUCAUGACUCUCCUUUUAUCAGAAGAUCCAUCUAAAACUCUUGUUAUCUGUCCCGACAAGUAUGGAAACAUAUCUCGCUUCAUUAAUGGCAUCAACAAUCACAAUCCGGUUGCUAAGAAGAAGCAGAACUGCAAAUGCGUGAGGUACAGCAUAAAAGGGGAGUGUCGGGUUCUUCUAGUGGCUACACGCGAUAUAUCGAAAGGGGAAAGGCUCUAUUAUGACUAUAAUGGUUAUGAACAUGAGUAUCCUACUCAUCACUUCCUCUGAUCUCUCUCCACCUCUAACAGUUCUACAGAGUCUCUAGAUCAGAUGUUCUUUUUUAGUUGCCAUUUUACAGGUCAAUUAGAAGAAAAUGUAGAGCUGAAUUGUAAUGGCCUUUGAAAAGGUUGCAGCAUUAUUAAAUUAUGAAGUUAGCUGUAGAAUAAUUGGAUUUUUGGAUCGGCAUUACAGAGAUUAAGAUGUGGCAAAAAUGUUAAUGGCAGAACUUUUGUUUGUUUACCAAAUGAAAUCAUAACCUUUUGUUAUAUGUU